CUUCCUUCUAUCAUUUCCACAAGGCAGCAGGAGCAGAGAGCAGCCAUUGCUGUGUCUGGCAGCAGGAGGUGGAGUGUAUAGAGGAACACAGGGGUCUGUACCAGGACGUGAUGAAGGAGAAUCACCGGCCCCUCACAUCACUGGAUGGGCCCAGUAACAGAGAUACCCCAGAGAGAUGUCCCCGUCCUCUGUAUUCCCAGGAUUGUACAGAGGAGAAUCCCAGGAUCCCACAGGAGGAUCAGGUAGAACGUCUGUCUGAUAUUAAAACAGAAGAUAUAGAGGGAGAAGGAGAGACGUAUGUGACUGAUAUAAAGGCAGAAGAUAUAGAGGGAGAAGGAGAGACGUAUGUGACUGAUAUGAAGGCAGCAGAUACAGAAGGAGAAGAAGAGACGUAUGUGACUGAUAUAAAGGCAGAAGAUCUAGAGGGAGAAGAAGAGACGUAUGUGACUGAUAUGAAGGCAGAAGAUAUAGAGAAAGAAGAAGAGACGUGUGUGACUGAUAUAAAGGCAGAAGAUAUAGGGGGAGAAGAAGAGACGUAUGUGACUGAUAUAGAGGGAAAAGAAGAGACGUACGUGACUGAUAUAAAUGCAGAAGAUAGAGAGGGAGAAGAAGAGACGUAUGUGACUGAUAUAAAUGCAGAAGAUAUAAAGGGAGAAGAAGAGAAGUAUGUGACUGAUAUAAAGACAGAAGAUACAGAGGGAGAAGAAGAGACGUAUGUGACUGAUAUAAAGGCAGAAGAUAUAGAGGGAGAAGAAGAGACGUAUGUGACUGAUAUAAAGGCAGAAGAUAUAGAGGGAGAAGAAGAGACGUAUGUGACUGAUAUAAAUGCAGAAGAUAGAGAGGGAGAAGAAGAGACGUAUGUAACUGAUAUGAAGGCAGAAUAUAUAGAGGGAGAAGAAGAGACAUAUGUGACUGAUAUAACGGCAGAAGAUACAGAGAGAGAAGAAGAGACGUAUGUGACUGAUAUAACGGCAGAAGAUACAGAGGGAGAAGAAGAGACGUAUGUGACUGAUAUAAAGACAGAAGAUACAGAGGGAGAAGAAGAGACGUAUGUGGGUGAUAUAAAGGCAGAAGAUAUAAAGGGAGAAGAAGAGACGUAUGAGACUGAUAUAAAGGCAGAAGAUCUAGAGGGAGAAGAAGAGACGUAUGUGACUGAUAUAAAGGCAGAAGAUAUAGAGGAAGAAGAAGAGACGUAUGUGUCUGAUAUAAAGGCAGAAGAUACAGAGGGAGAAGAAGAGACGUAUGUGACUGAUAUAAAGGCAGAAGAUAUAGAGGGAGAAGAAGAGACUUAUGUGACUGAUAUAAAGGCAGAAGAUACAGAGGGAGAAGAAGAGACGUAUGUGACUGAUAUAAAGGCAGAAGAUAUAGAUGGAGAAGAAGAGACGUAUGUGACUGAUAUAAAGGCAGAAGAUAUAGAGGAAGAAGAAGAGACGUAUGUGACUGAUAUAAAGGCAGAAGAUAUAGAGGGAGAAGUAGAGACGUAUGUGACUGAUAUAAAGGCAGAAGAUAUAAAGGGAGAAGAAGAGACGUAUGUGACUGAUAUAAAGGCAGAAGAUAUAGAGGGAGAAGAAGAGACGUAUGUGACUGAUAUAAAGGCAGAAGAUAUAAAGGGAGAAGAAGAGACGUAUGUGACUGAUAUAAAGGCAGAAGAUAUAGAGGGAGAAGAAGAGACGUAUGUGACUGAUAUAAAGGCAGACGAUACAGAGGGAGAAGAGACGUAUGUGAGGGGUGAUCAGCAGUGUAAGGAGGAGGAGAUCCCUACAGAUAUCAGCACAGAUGGACACACAAGCAGGAAUAUCUCAGAAGGACAUCUAAUGUUAUCCCCGGAUUGUGACAUAAAAGAUAAUGACAGAAUACAGGAUUCUCCAGGAGAUAACCCCAUUACCCCAAUUAUACAUCCAGCUCUAUCAGCUGAUCCCUCUGAUCCUGGGAAAUGUUCUCCUGAUCACUCUGAUGUUGGUGCAUCUGUUACAGCUCUGACAGUAGAUUCAGUGUUUACCUAUUCUAUAGAUUCCAAAUGUUUUACGCAGCCCACAAAGCUUAUUACCCAUCAGCCUGCUAAGACAGGUGAGAGGCCAUUUCCAUGUUCUGAGUGUGAGAAAUGUUUUACAUGCAAAUCAGCUCUUGUUUCACAUCAGAGAAGUCACACAGGUGAGAAGCCAUUUCCAUGUUCUGAGUGUGGCAAAUUUUUUACACGGAAAUCAAAUCUUGUUACACAUCAGAGAAGUCACACAGGUGAGAAGCCAUUUCCAUGUUCUGAGUGUGAGGAAUGUUUUACACUGAAAUCAAAUCUUGUUAAACAUCAGAGAAGUCACACAGGUGAGAAGCCAUUUCCAUGUUCUGAGUGUGGCAAAUUUUUUACACGGAAAUCAAAUCUUGUUACACAUCAGAGAAGUCACACAGGUGAGAAGCCAUUUCCAUGUUCUGAGUGUGAGGAAUGUUUUACACUGAAAUCAAAUCUUGUUAAACAUCAGAGAAGUCACACAGGUGAGAGGCCAUUUGCAUGCUCAGAGUGUGGGAAAUGUUUUUUAAAUAAAUCAAAUCUUGUUGCGCAUCAGAUAACUCACACAGGUGAGAGGCCAUUUGCAUGCUCAGAGUGUGGGAAAUGUUUUUCAAGUAAAUCACAUCUUGUUAGACAUCAGAGAACUCACACAGUUGAGAUGCCAUUUGCAUGCUCAGAGUGUGGGAAAUGUUUUACACAGAGCUCAAAUAUGAUUAAACAUCAGAGAACUCAUACAGGUGAGAAGCCAUUUUCCUGUUCUGAGUGUGGAAAAUGUUUUUUACGUAAAGUCUGUCUUGUUAAACAUCAGAGAAGUCACACAGGUGAAAAGCUGUUUUCAUGCUCUGAGUGUGGGAAAUGUUUUUUAAAUAAAUCGAAUCUUAUUACACAUCAGAGAAGUCACACAGGUGAGAAGCCAUUUUCCUGUUCUGAGUGUGGGAAAUAUUUUUUUAGUAAAGCACAUCUAGUUUCACAUCAGAGAAGUCACACAGGUGAGAAGCCAUUUUUCUGUUCUGAGUGUGGGAAAUAUUUUUUUCGUAAAGCACAUCUAGUUUCACAUCAGAGAACUCACACAGGUGAGAAGCCAUUUUCCUGUUCUGAGUGUGGGAAAUGUUUUUUAUUUAAAUCGAAUCUUAUUACACAUCAGAGAAGUCACACAGGUGAGAAGCCAUUUUCCUGUUCUGAGUGUGGGAAAUAUUUUUUUAGUAAAGCACAUCUAGUUUCACAUCAGAGAAGUCACACAGGUGAGAAGCCAUUUUCAUGUUCUGAGUGUGAGAAAUGUUUUACACUGAAAUCAAAUCUUGUUAAACAUCAGAGAAGACACACAGGUGAGAGGCCAUAUCCAUGUCCUGAGUGUGGGAAAUGUUUUUUAAAUAAAUUAAAUCUUGUUACACAUCAGAGAACUCACACAGGUGAGAGGCCAUUUGCAUGCUCAGAGUGUGGGAAAUGUUUUUCAAGUAAAUCACAUCUUGUUAGACAUCAGAGAACUCACACAGUUGAGAUGCCAUUUGCAUGCUCAUGAGUGUGGGAAAUGUUUUACACAGAGCUCAAAUAUGAUUAAACAUCAGAGAACUCAUACAGGUGAGAAGACAUUUCCAUGUUCUGAGUGUGGGAAAUGUUUUUUAAGUAAAGCCCAUCUUGUUAAACAUCAGAGAACUCACAGGUGAGAAGCCGUUUCCAUUCCCUGAGUGUGGGAAAUAAAUCAGAUCUUGUUGAACACAUUAGACAUUACCCAAGUGAGGAACCAUUUUAAUCUUCUUGAGUAUAAUCAUCAUUGCCAUGCAUUGUUCCUCAAGGAUCAAUCCUAUCUCCUAUACUUUUUGCAAUAUACAUGACCUGGCCUACCACUUCUGUGCAGAUGACUUGUCUUUUGCUCCAUGUACUGAGAACCCAACACCAAUACUAAAUGGGAUGGUAAUGCUAUCCCGGUGGACAGAAUGCUGGCUGUCAAUAUAGCAGCAGUGGGGUGAGUGCAAAGAGUUCCCUUGCGGGCUCACUGUUCUCGCUAUGCUGCAGGCGCGGUGGCUCAUUGUGUUCACCACAGGUGUUAUUCCCACUCUAUGGGUGUCGUGGACACCCACGAGUGAGAAUAGCUGUGGUGAGUGCUGUCGGCAUUCCCGGCUGUCGGGAUUCUGAAUGUCGGGAUAUUAACUACAUCCCAUCCUAAAUGGUUGUCUAGCUGAGCUCCAGGGGUGGAUGAUGCCAGUUGGCUGUGACUCAGUCUUAGUGAUACGUAAUAGAAGUUCACAAACAAAGGACAAGACUACAGCUUUACCAACCAUCAUGACUUAUGCUUUUGAGUGACAAAAUGCUGACUGCGGAAACUUUGUGUGGUCCUGGAUUGUGGCUGACACAGACAUCGGGUAUCCGCCACAUUCAAAUCUUCGUUCUUCCAUCUGAGGACCAUAGCCAGAAUCGAGCUCUUGAUACCCUCAGAAGACCUGCCUACAGCCAUACAUGCAUUUGUAUCCUCUCACACAGACUACUGCAAUGUCCUCUACCUGGGUCUCCCAGCAAAAGAAUUACACCGCUUGUAGCUUGUACAGAAUGCAGCAGCCAGGCUGUUACCUAACCAGCCCGUUCCUGCCACAUAACACCCAUUCUCUAUUCCCUCCACCGGCUGCCUGUAAGAUGGAAAAUCUAUUUAAUAAUUGGCUAACUGACCUUCCCAGCCCAACAUUACAUCGUCCAAGGUACCAGAAGCUGCUUCUGCCUCCCUACUGCCUCACUUGUUUAUUGCUGCAGAGAAAGGACUGUUACCAGCAGUACCAGGAAACUCCCAUAAUGCAUUUGGGGGUCAAAAUGUUAUCUUUGUAGCCCUGGCCAUGGAACUUGCUGCCUCGCACAGUCCAAGAGGCCUCCACCCUAGAGCCCUUCACAAGCAGGCUGAUGACAGACCUGUUACUCAUUUCAUUAAUGCUCCUCUAGUUCUUACAUAUAUCCCACAUGCUUAGUUCUUUGUUCUGUUGUUUAUUUUGUAUCUUGUGCUUCGUGUGAUUGUGUAAUGCCAGGUUGUACUAUCUAUAUUGCUGCACGACAAUAUGGCGGCCAUAGGAACGCGUUUCCACUUCUAGUUUCCCAUUCUUAUCUCAUCUGAUCAUCUUAAUCAGGAGUGUUGUGGGAUACAAGAUCCUAUAUAUAUAUACAUUACCAUGUGCAUUAGAGUCACCCGGGUUCCAUCUGCGGUGGUUUGUUGUAUGUUACAUCUAUAUGGUGCGGAUACUCCUCUGUAUGAUUCCAUAAUAAAAGCUUUUGUUUGCAUCUAA